AUGCUUGGUGUAUUCCAAAAACGAUGUGCCUCAACUGCCCCUCUAAUUCGUCCCAUUCAACGGGUUUUAGUUGCAAAUCGUGGAGAAAUCGCCAUUCGCGUCCAAAAUACCGCUCGUAAAAUGGGAAUUGAGACAGUUGCUGUUUUUUCUGACGCAGACCGUAAUUCCCUCUUUGUUAAAAAAGCUGACAAGGCAUACCACAUCGGCCCUCCUCUUGCAGCGGAAAGUUAUCUGAAUAUGGACAAAAUUAUCAACAGUGCAUUGCGAUCUGGAGCACAAGCUAUUCACCCAGGAUACGGUUUCCUAUCUGAAAAUGCUGGAUUCGCUGAAAAAUGUGCUCAGGCCGGCCUUGUUUUUAUUGGACCACCAGCCCAAGCUAUCAGGGAUAUGGGAGCCAAGAAUGUAUCGAAGCAAAUCAUGGAAGAUGCUAAAGUUCCUGUAGUAAAAGGAUUCCACGGAGAAGAUCAAUCAGAUGCUAAUUUGAAAAAGAAAUCAGCAGAAAUCGGCUACCCGGUUAUGCUGAAGGCUGUCUAUGGUGGAGGUGGAAAAGGAAUGAGAAUUGCGUGGAACGAGGCUGAAUUCGAAGAAAAACUGGCUUCAGCUCGUAACGAAGCUAAGAAGUCGUUUGGAAACGAUGAAAUGCUCGUGGAAAAGUUUGUCGAGAAGCCGAGACACGUUGAAGUACAAGUUUUCGGAGAUCACCAUGGAAACUAUGUUCAUUUAUGGGAAAGAGAUUGCUCCGUUCAAAGACGUCAUCAGAAAAUUAUUGAAGAAGCACCAGCGCCAAAUAUGGAACAUGAUACUCGUGUAAAACUCGGAGAAUCAGCUGUUCGUGCUGCGGCGGCUGUGGGAUAUGUUGGAGCAGGUACCGUCGAGUUCAUCAUGGACCCGCGUGGCGAAUUCUACUUUAUGGAAAUGAACACUCGGCUUCAAGUCGAACAUCCCGUCAGUGAAGCUAUCACAGGCACGGAUCUUGUUGAAUGGCAAUUACGGGUAGCUCAAGGAGAGAAGCUUCCACUGAAACAAUCAGAAAUUCCAUUAAACGGUCAUGCAUUUGAAUGUCGUGUGUAUGCCGAGGAUACUCGUAAAGGAGCAUUCAUGCCAACUGCGGGACGUCUUAAUUAUGUUGACUUCCCGGAAGAUGCUAGAAUCGAUACAGGAGUUGUUUCUGGAGACGAAGUAUCAAUCCAUUACGAUCCUAUGAUUGCUAAGGUGGUAGUGUGGGGCCAGGAUCGUGCUGUUGCUGCUGCAAAAUUGGAAAGUGCUUUGGCUCGUACAAGAAUCUCAGGGCUACCCACAAACAUUGACUUUGUCCGCAGAGUUCUUGCUCAUCCUGAAUUUGCCGCAGGAAAUGUUUAUACCGAUUUUAUCCCUGAUCACCAGAAGGAACUAUUUGCUGAAUCUGAAACUCCUGCUGAAAUUUACGUUGAGUCGGCUGUAGCACAUGCUUUGGCUGCCCUUCAAAAAUCAGAUGCAGGUGUCUUCCAGAAUUUAUCUUUCUUUAGAAUGAAUUUGUCACCAAAAUACAUUUUCAAAAUAGACGGAAAAGAUGUCAGCAUUAGAUUUGAUUCUGAUAGUCGCCUGACAGUGUCUUAUGAUGGCAACAGUUAUGAAACACUUCUCAACGACAUUGAAUCAACCACAGACGGAUCUUUCAAGUUUACAUUGGAAGCUAAUGGCAGGCGCUGGAGUACUGUCGUUAAAAAUCUAGGAAAUAGUUUGAUGGUGAAUGGAGUUGGUCAAAACGAAUAUGAAACUCCACAAAUCCAUGAAACAUUUGAUUCGUUAUCCGGAGGAGCAGCCAGUCAUUCUGCCGUCGCACCAAUGCCAGGAAUUAUUGAAAAAAUUCUUGUGAAGCCUGGAGAGCAGGUAACUACAGGCCAAGCACUCGUAGUGAUGACAGCAAUGAAAAUGGAAUACAUCAUUCGUGCCCCGGAAGACUCAACUGUUGAACACAUUAAGUGCCAGGCAGGCAAAAAUGUUCCAAAAAAUGCAGUUUUGGUUCAAUUCGCAUAGGCAUUACCUUUAUUUUUGGUUUUUUCUCUUAGGUUUUAUAGCUAUAUCCGGUAUUUUCAGAGCUUUUCAAUUUUUCUUACAACACCCUUUGACAGUUUCAAGUGUAAUUAAUUUUGAGUACGGUUGUGCAGCUCAGAUAUUUUUUAUGUGCCUUUACCUAGAAAUAAAAUUAUGUGAAUAUAUUCA